AUGAGUCUUGCCUCGGAAACGCCCUCGCUGGGCAACACCACGUCGAUUGCCGCCCCAGUCGACGCCAAAGGCAAGGAGAAACUGCAAAAGCCGCCCUUGGCCGCGAAACCUAGGGCUGGCGAAGGGGAGGAGAAAAAGAAGAGACGUAGCCUGUUUGGGCUUGGGAGGAAAAAGGCAGACGACUCUUCUGCAAACAAGUCCAACUCCGCCGUUAAACCCACGACAACGACGACCGCAACAUCGACGCUGACCACCGGCCGCGCCAAACCCUCGUCGCCUAUCCAAACCGACCAUGCCCGUAUCCCACCAUCCUCGCCCGGUGGUCGCUCCGCUUUCGCAUCCUCGCCACGACUAGCCUCGCCGGCCGGCUCGCAGAUCUUUGAGCGCGACGUCCAAGAGAGCACUGCUGCCCUCCUUCCCAGCUCGCCCAAUAUUCCCUCGCACAUCCAGACUGAGAACUACAUCCCGCCCGUACUCGACGCCUCUUCCGAGGCCAUCACCGACGGCCACCUCAGCCCAGACACCGUCGAGAUCAUCACGCACACCUCACACCAACCAGCAGGCGCCUCGCUUGCUGUCGGUGGCUAUGGACACGGGUCUAGCCUUGCCCUGAGCCCACAAUCCGCCGUCGCCACCGAACCCCCGUUGUGGACAGACGAACUCGACGCCUUCUCCACCGGUAACAACACAAACACCAACAACAACACGGCCACGACAACGACAACGACCAGCGCCAGCCCAGACACCGCGUCCAACUACGGCUCCUUCGACACCACCGACGUGCGGCGCCUCUCGUUCAUCUCCUUUGCCGAUGUCGUCCAGGCAGAACAACAUCACGGCUCGCCGCCCUUCCCCGGCAGUAGCGUCACGGGCAGCCCGCCGCGAGAUCGGGAUCGGGAUCGGGAUAGUGUCCGUCUAACGGGGCUAACAUCAUUGUCCUCCUUUGGCGGGAGCGGUGGGAAUGAGCUUGGGGUUGGGGGCUACAGUGGGAACGUCAGCCCCCCAUUAAGCAAGGACGGAUCCGUCAAGGGCUUGGAAUUACACGGUCUCGGCGUUGGCGCCGGUGGCGCCGCGGCAACGGCACCGACGGCAACAACCGCGGGGAUAGGCGCUUCGCGCGUGCGGGCGUCGAGUCCCGCCAGCGGGCAUAGCCUUAGUCACGGGGCCGGGGGCAGAUCUCUGGCGAGUCCGGCAAGUCUUGUCAGCAUGCAGCUCCCUGGUGGCGGUUCGGCUGGUACCGGCGGCGGCGAGAUUGCGAUCGAAACGAUGAGCCAGGCGUUGAGGAAAACGGGCAGUGGGGAUUUGAGUGUCGGUGGGGUGUCGGGAAGUGGAGGGGUCAGGAGUUUCCCGACGAGUCCGAUCUGA